AUGCAUCCAGACUGGCCAGAGUCCUUCGAUGAUUUGGUGCCGCUCCCACAAUGUCCUGGCCCCAAGCUGAAGCCCUUUGACUUUCUCGGCCCACAAAAGAUUGACUUUCUUGAAUACCUAGGGCAAGGCCUACAUUCAUUUGUGUUCAAAGUCGAAAUUCUAGGAAACAUCUACGCGUUGAAACUCUUUAGGUUUGACUACGUGAGAGAAUGGAUAGGCCCCGCAGAAACCUUUGACCAGAGCGAUACUACUGCGUUAAACACCAUAUAUAAUUACGCAGAGCCAUUUAACUGCGAAUGUCGCAGCUUUGGCCGUCUUCAAGAAGCCGGCUAUGAGGAGCUGUCUGUUAAAUGCUUUGGCUACCUACUCCUCGAUGAAGAACAUGAACGAACUAUGAUGGAGAAGUUUAGUGAUAAUGAGCUCGAGUUCAAUGGAAAUGUCUAUGAUGCAGGGUAUGAUGACAUACGUGCGAGCUAUGCAGGUAAAAGCGGUAGGCCCCCCCCUAUCCGGGGUAUCCUUAAGGAAUUCGGCUCCGAGGCAAAGAAUCUAAAAACAAAGGACAUGCGUAAAGUCCUUCGAGACGUUAAGCGGUUUCACCAGCUCGGCAUUAUCAACCUUGAUGUGGCUGAUCGACAGCUUAUCAACGGCAAGCUCUGCGACUUCAGCACAGCCAUCACUGUCCCUCACUUUAUCACGACUCCUGAGCUAAACCCACAUCUUCCGCCUAUUGCCUUGCCCGCCCUUGCAUAUGAAACCUUUUUAAUAACCAUCAAUGAUUAUUGGACAUUUGAUGACAUGGUGCGACUAUGGAAUCUGGAGCAUGAGGACCAGAAGACUGAAAUCACAGUUUUUGCGUUCCCUAACGGACGUGGCUGCCGAAUCGACUAUAACCUACGAAGUACACCAUCACGGGACCGUGUUUAUACCUUCGUCGACCCAAGGACGUAUAAUUGGAAGGCGUCGGUUACUAGCCCGGGGCCGGCUACGAGUCGAACACGGGAUGGUCCAAGAACAAGACAGAGUACUAACACUGAGAGGCAGCAGCAGCUUUGCGUACACCUACAUAUAACAAAGGCUCACGUUGGCAUGGGACCUAGUCUAUGGCUCAAGGGAUCAGCGCAUCUCGUACAUCCUCCAUCACGCCGGUCCAGCCACUCAAACGCUGACUGA